AGGAGGAUCACUUGAGUCCAGGAGUUUGAGGUUGCUGUGAGCUAGGCUGACGCCACAGCACUCAAGCUCAGGGUCCGCAGAGCAAUAGUCUGUCUCCAAAAAAAAGGGGUGCUCUGAGCUAAGUUGGGAUCCAGUGUUUCUCUGGGCGGGAGCAUCCUUGGCCCCGCCCCGCCCGGCCACGCCCACCGGCGCCGCCUCCCUCGGGCCCUGCUCCAGCCAGGCCUCCAUCUUGAGAGACGCUGCCGUCCUCAAGCCAGAAGUCUGUGUUUGGGUUUGGUGACUUCACUCUAGCUCCGUGCUUCCUCCUGAAGCAUCGCUAGAAACAAAAAGUUACAUUAGUAUUAUAAGUCAGCAGCCAAAGCUGAGGCACUUUGACGCCGUCCGCUCCCUACGUCGUCGUUGGCGACAGGGUGAAUCAUGUUUAAGAAGGCCAACAGGAUUGAGCCCAAGAGGAAAAACAUAGAAAAACGAAAAAAGUUUAAUCCAUGGAUUACACAAAUCUUCAGCCACCAAGGCUAUGUCACUCUCCUUACUGGCUGCUACAGUUGUCAAUGGAAGUUGAGACAAUGGGAAAAAACUAAACCUGGUUCCUGUUGCUGCAAUCUGAAAGAGCAAUUAUUUUGCCCAUUCCUGCUAAUUUCAUUUAUCUUGUCUGUGAUUUUCCUGUACCUGUGGAUAGAAACCUCAAAUGAAUACUUUAACUUUGACUGGGUUGUUUUUCUAGGAACAGGACAGUGGAUCUUCUGUUCUAUUUUUAUUCUGAGUUUAGCUGGGAUCCUGACGGCCUACUCUUCAUUGUUGUUGUUACUUGGAUUUUUGUUGCUUUGGGAAGGGGUUGAACUAUACUUGCACUGGUGUCAUAAGAUCCUGGUUCUUGUGGUGAUUCUGCUGUGCGUCGUCUUCAUGUUAAUUAUAUGCAAAUUCUGGAAGGAAAGGUGGCUGGUGGUUGGGCUGUCACUGAAGAUCUUUGCUCCCUACGUGCACCUGUGCAGCGUAACUCUGAUGAUUGUUCUUUCCUGGCCUGUGGCUUUAUAUGUGGCCUAUUUGGAAAGAGAAGUUAGAAUAAGAAGACACAUGAUGACACGUUCUGAGAAAAAAAGACUCAAGAGAUGUAAUAUAUUCAGAAGGUUAAGAGGUCUACAAGUGGCUGUUGGAUUACCUUUUUUUCUUAUCCUUUUAUGUCUCUAUUUGAUGCCACUGGGAAUUUAUUCUCCCUGCAUUCAGAAGGAGGAGGAUUUGGGGCCUAAGCCAUUCCUCUUGGGACAUAGAGGUGCACCCAUGUUGGGGCCUGAGAACACCAUGAUGUCCUUUGAGAAAGCUGUUGAACAAGGAGCCUAUGGACUAGAGACUGACAUACACUUAAGUUUUGAUCAAGUGCCUUUCCUGAUGCAUGACUUUGACCUGAGAAGAACAACCAAUAUCAUGGAAGUUCUGCCAGAUGCUGCCUUUAAGCACCCUGCCUUCUUCAAUUGGAACUUUCUGUCAACUCUGAAUGCAGGCGAAUGGUUUGUAGAUCCACAGCGCAGACCAUUUUUGAAUAUGAAACCUCUAUCAGAGGAAGAUAAAAAAAGAGCAAGAAAUCAGUCGAUUCCAAAACUAGCUGAUUUAUUGAAACUUGCAAAGAAGGAAAAAAAAUUUGUGAUAUUUGAUCUUUAUGGCCCGCCACCAAAACAUCCUCUCAGACACACAUUUGUCCGCAAAAUAGUAGAAGUGAUUCUUGCCUCUAGAAUUGAGCAACAUCUGAUUUUUUGGUUACCGGGCCAUGAUAAGAAAUAUGUCAAGUUUUUGGCUCCUGGAGUUCAGCAUGUAAGCCGUUCACUCUCCAUUGAAAAGCUUACAAAAGAAAAUGUCAGUAGAAUAAAUGUCGACUACAAGAAGAUAUCCUACUCUAAGAUGGGAGAUUAUAAAGCAGCCAACAUCAAGGUCAACUUAUACGUCGUCAAUGAGCCUUGGCUUUUCUCACUGGCCUGGUGCUCCAGUAUUACCUCAGUGACCACAGACAACAUUGCACUCCUGAGUCAGAUUAAUCACCCUCAGUUCUUCAUGACACCAAGGUUCUAUAUGUUCAUGUGGAUUUGCAUGGAUAUUGUUUCUGCAAUUGUCAUUUUUGCCAUAUUUUAUAUUCGCUGGCGGAGAGAGAUGACAAAAGCAAAAUUGUUCCAAAGCUCCACCAUUUUCUCAGGUUCUAACAGUAGAAGCCCAAGUGAGCAUCAGAGAACUUCUCACUCAUCCAUGAAGGCACCCGCCCGAGUUGUAGAAAAUCCUUGGACCUUAGCGGCCCUCAACCCCGCUUUAAACAAGAGUACAGAUAAACACUCAGAUGCUUUUCAUUUUAGUGUAGCUUCCAAGAAACCAGCACCUGUCAAGAACACUGUUGCACCUCCGAUGCCUGCCAAACAUGACUUUCAACCACGAGCAUCCAGAGGGGAGGCCACCAAUGAUACCGCCCUUCAAACUACAUUGCCUGCCUUGGAGGUGGAUACACCAACAGUGCCCUCUGUAAAGGCCCCCCAUCCUGAAACAAGAGGUCCCCAAGAGCCCCCCAUGGAUGAUUCUUCCCAAGAAACCUAUGUAACUAUAUAUUCUACCACGUCUGACGCAUCGUCCUCCUAUGGGUUAUCUUCAAAGAAGCAUUAGCCAUACCUCUCCCCCUUCUUCCUCUUCCUCUCUCUGCAUAAGGGUGGUGGUGGUGGUGGCAAGUGGUAAGUAAAGGUAUGCAGCAGGGCCUUUGAGGCUCUCAGGGGAACCAUUCUGGUUCAGCCUUUCUGUCAGGAAUGCAUCUCAAGGGCGUAGACCAGGGGAAAACAGUUGUGUGUGGUCUUGGAACUGGAGCUGGUUGUUCUAUAGGUAUUACAGGGUUUGUUCAUCCUGACACUUCCAUAGUAUUUCCUGUUAAAGGAGUGACUGUGCAUGUAAAUAAAUUUCUCAGGAAGCCAGA